CGAUGGUCUGUGUUUGUGAGCCGGCCGGCAUUUUCUUUUCAACCGGUUCUUCUAACACCCUUAUCGCUCGCCAGGCUUAUAGACCGACUAACAAUAUUUUUGACUUAAUUUACCUUUGCGUAGCAAUUUUCUAAAUAAUGCCUGGCUUUUCAGACAGAGACCGGGGCAGAGAUAGAGGGUAUGGUGGCGGCCCUCCUCGUUUCGGUGGCGGUGGAGGAGGCAACAGGGGAGGACCUCCUCCCGGAAAGUUUGGAAACCCCGGAGAACGGCUGAGGAAGAGACACUGGAACCUGGAUGAGCUUCCAAAGUUUCAGAAGAACUUCUACCAGGAACACCCGGACGCCACACACAGACCUCUGCAAGAGGUUGAAGAGUAUCGGAGAAGCAAAGAAGUCACAGUGAAAGGCAGAGAUUGUCCCAAACCAAUUGUUAAAUUCCAUGAAGCUGCUUUUCCAAGCUACGUCAUGGAUGUUAUUGUUAAGCAGAACUUCACUGAACCGACUCCAAUCCAGUCCCAGGGCUGGCCAGUCGCUCUGAGCGGCAAAGACAUGGUGGGCAUCGCUCAAACCGGCUCUGGGAAAACCAUUGCUUAUCUUCUGCCAGCGAUUGUUCACAUCCAACAUCAGCCGUUCCUGGAGCACGGAGACGGACCCAUUUGCUUGGUUCUGGCGCCGACCCGGGAGCUGGCUCAGCAGGUGCAACAAGUGACUGCUGAAUAUGGGAGGGCUUCUCGUCUCAAGAGUACCUGCAUCUACGGUGGCGCGCCUAAAGGGCCACAGAUAAGGGACCUGGAGAGGGGAGUGGAGAUUUGCAUCGCUACUCCAGGCCGUCUCAUCGAUUUUCUGGAGUGUGGUAAAACCAAUCUGCGUCGUUGCACCUACCUUGUGCUGGAUGAAGCUGACCGCAUGCUGGACAUGGGCUUUGAACCGCAGAUCCGCAAAAUAGUGGAACAAAUUCGGCCUGAUCGUCAGACUCUGAUGUGGAGCGCCACCUGGCCCAAAGAGGUUCGUCAGCUGGCUGAGGACUUCCUGAAGGAUUACGUCCAGAUCAAUAUUGGUGCAUUGCAGCUCAGUGCCAAUCAUAACAUCCUGCAGAUAGUUGAUGUCUGCAAUGACCUGGAAAAGGAGGACAAGCUGAUCCGUUUGUUGGAGGAGAUAAUGAGCGAAAAGGAGAACAAGACCAUUAUCUUUGUGGAGACCAAAAGACGUUGUGAUGAACUUACCAGGAGAAUGAGAAGAGAUGGGUGGCCAGCAAUGGGUAUCCAUGGAGACAAGAGUCAGCAAGAGAGGGACUGGGUUCUUAAUGAGUUCAGAUUUGGCAAAGCUCCAAUUCUGAUUGCUACAGACGUGGCCUCCCGUGGUUUAGAUGUGGAGGAUGUGAAAUUUGUCAUCAAUUAUGACUACCCUAACUCCUCCGAGGACUAUAUCCACCGCAUUGGCCGCACGGCCCGCAGUCAAAAAACGGGCACAGCCUACACCUUCUUCACCCCCAACAACAUGAAACAGGCCAGCGACCUGAUCUCUGUGCUGCGCGAGGCUAACCAGGCCAUCAAUCCCAAGCUCAUCCAGAUGGCAGAGGACAGAGGAGGUCGCGGACGGGGGGGAAGAGGUGGCUACAGGGAUGACCGUCGCGAUAGGUAUUCAGGCGGCAGAAGUAACUUCGGUGGCGGCGGCGGCUACAGGGACAGGGACGGCGAUAGAGGGUUCGGCAACGGGCCGAAAACCGCCUUUGGGGGAAGCAAAGCCCAAAACGGUGGGAAUUAUGGAGGCAACAAUAGCAAUUCUAGCGGUAACUAUGGCAACAGCAAUUACAGCAAUAGUAACGGACAAGGUAACUUUAGCGCGCCACCAAACCAAGGCGGCGGCGCUGGCGGCUUCGGUAACCAGAACUUCCAAGGCCCCCCUCAGUUUGGCGGCAUGCAGAGGCCCGCUCAGAACGGCGUGAACCACCCGCCGUUCCCCUUCAACUCUCAGCCGCCGCCACAGAACCAACAGCCGCCGCCACCGCCACCAAUGGUGCCCUACCCGAUGCCACCGCCAUUCCCUCAGUAAAUAUUGUAAAUUCACAUUAUCAGACCCCAACAUGAGUCUUGAAAUCUUACCGUACGAUUCUCAUAUUAUUCUUUGUACUUGUUUAACGUUGUUUUGCUUACAGCAUGGUUGGAAUUAUUCAGUAAACCCAGAUGAGUAAAUGGGAUCAUAAAGUCUCCCAUAGUGUAAACAUGAUUGCUGCACUUUUCCUGGACUGUAUUUUCUAUUUUAUUUGAUUUUAUUUUUUUUUUUUGUUACAUUCCUCAGUAAUUUAUUUUUACUAGGUAAUCCUGUGUUUUCACUUUCAGUUUAAAGUGAUAUGAAAAUUGUAUCUGAAGGGUGCCCAGGGUCCCUUUUAAAUAAAAAUGAGAAAAUCCAA